AUGCCUGUCCAAGGUUGCAACAGCGAGGAUGCAAUUCCUGGGGGCGGUGGUGUUGAAGCGAGCUUCCACUUUUGGUGCUCGAUAUUCCAUCUCGAAGCAAUGCAGAAGGCCGGUAGCUACCUGAAAUGGUCUUGGCCUGCAAGCUGCCGGCAGCAGAGCACACGGAUGGUGGCUGCCUCAAAAGGCAAGACCCAAGAAGAAAUCAAGCUGCCGGCACUAAUUGAAGCCAACCAGAAUCUGUGUCGGCGUCGGUCUGACUGCCCGUACCGCACCCUUGAUCCGAUCAUUUAUGCAUGCGCGCCCGUAUAUAGGCCUCCGGCGCUAAAUUUCACAUUUGAGAAAACUUGGCCUGCCUGGUCACCCCCGGUGUCACACGGAGUCGGCCAGACUUUGAAUGAUCUUCGACAUGAGGGAGAUUGGGGGCUGCGGCAUCUCGGGGCGCAUCUGCAGUAA